AUGCUCUCACGUGUUGCUGCAGUGAAGGCACCCCGCACACACAACCGUCGUCGCGUGACCGGAUCCAGCGGAAGGAGGAGGGAAGGAGGAGAGAGUGAGCCGCGGAGGCCCAACAUGUCCCGGCGUUUGUUUACUUCCGCGGUGCUCCUCGUCGUGAUGAUUUUCUGCGGUACUGGUGGAGGUGCACAAGCUGCUGUGGAGGAACCGUCGUCUGAUCCGAAGUUUGAAUGGGAGGGCAUCAGUGAAGGUGAAGGUGAUGUAACUGUGGAGUCGUUGGGUGCUCCCGGCCUUUUGAAAGUGGGGAGUGACGUAUUUGCCGUUGCCGAGGCGCAGUGCAAGAAGAAUGGUGAGGGUGGAGACAACACCUUUACUGGCAUUGCAUCCCAACUUCUCACGAUGGAAACAGGUAAAGAACCGAAGGAAGUGCUGGAGGGUGCCAGGGAGAAAACACAAUUUCUGGAGGAAGGCACUUCUCCAGAGGCGAAAAAAGUAGAUGUGAGUCGACCAACAGCAGUUGUGAAUGGAAGCGAUAUUUACAUGCUUGUUGGAAAACGCAGCUAUGAAGCUGCCACUAACUGUCAGGCUGGGACCGAGAAGAUCAAAUCGGGAAUAUUGCUGGUGAAGGGUGAGAUCAGUGGUGAAGGCGGCAACGAACAAAUCCAUUGGAGGGAAACUGACGGUCUCCCGUGCACUCUAGGCGACCAACAAAACUCCUUGAAGCGACUGAUUGGCGGCGGUGGAUCGGGUGUUAAGAUGGAGGACGGUACGCUUGUGUUCCCAGUGGAAGGCACGAAGGAGAAGGAUGACAACGGAAAGGAUGAAAAAACCGUGUCGCUGAUCAUAUCAAAGGAUGCAGAGAGUUGGACGCUGUCGAAGGGGAUGUCUGACGGUGGCUGCGGUGAUCCCUCCGUCGUGAAGUGGAAGAAGGACAAACUCAUGAUGAUGACUGCGUGUGAUGGUGGCCGCCGCAGGGUGUACGUGUCCGGUGACAAGGGGGAGUCGUGGACGGAGGCACUCGGGACACUUUCGCGCGUGUGGGGCAAAGAAAAGGAAAAUGAGAAGGCCGUUAGGAGCGGGUUCACCACAGCGACUCUUGGCACUGGAGAUGAUUGGAAAAAUGUGAUGCUCGUUGCUCUGCCGGUGUAUCCCAAAGAAAAAGAAAAGGGCGUACUCCAUCUUUGGCUGACGGACAAUACGCACAUUGUUGAUAUUGGGCCGAUAUCCGGGAAGGACGAUGACGCUGCCGCCAGCGCCCUGUUGUACAAAAGUGCUGGAAGUGGAACUGAUGAUAAUAAUGAUGAGUUGAUUGCACUGUACGAGAAGAAGGGCAGUGGGGGGAAACCAUCAAACAGCCUUUGGUCUGUGGUUCUGACUGAGCAGCUGCAGCGGGUGAAGGAUGUGCUGGCGACCUGGAAGGAAGUGGACGAGCAUGUCUCCAAGCUGUGCCCUUCUGAGGGUGCUGUGCAGGUUACCCCACCUGACACUGCCUGUAGCCCUACUGUUAAGAUCACGGCUGGGCUGGUUGGUUUUUUGUCUGGCAACUUCUCUGAUGACACAUGGAGGGACGAGUACCUCGGGGUGAACGCCACAGUGAAUAAUAAAGCUGGGGAAGCGGCGGCAACAGUGGCAACUGAGAAUCCCGAUGGUGUGACGUUUCGGGGAGCGUGGGCGGAGUGGCCCGUUGGCAAGCAGGGGGAGAAUCAGCUGUACCACUUUGCGAACUACAACUUCACUCUUGUGGCGACGGUGUCCAUCGACGGUGAGCCGACGAAGGGUAAUAUUCCAGUGAUGGGUGUGAAGAUGAAUGGCGAUGACGAGAAUCCAGUACUUCUGGGACUGUCGUACAACAACAAAGAAAAGAAGUGGGAAGUGUUGUGCGGUGGGAAACCGACGGAGGUGCAAAACCACAUUGAGGGGCAAGAGAAAACACACCAGGUGGCCAUUUUGCUGCAGAACAAAAAACAGGGCUCCGCGUACGUCGAUGGUAGGCGUGUGGGCGCGACAUGCCAAUUGGAAAAUAAGGAAGAUAGAAAGAUCUCCCACUUAUACAUUGGAGGGGAUGGAAGCAACACAGAGGGCCAAGGAGGCGUGUCUGUGACUGUGAGGAACGUCCUGCUGUACAACCGUCCCUUGGAUGACAGUGAGAUUACUGCGCUUAAUGCAAUUAAAGUCCCGAUUACGCCUCCGAAGGAAACAAAUGCGCAGGAAAUUGUGUUGCCUUCUCCUGAUGGAACACCGCAGGCGGGACAGGAAGCUUUGAAUGGAGGUGAAGGUGCUGCCGGUGGAAGUGCAUCCCCAUCAGCAGUGUCCGCUUCAACGACUUCCUCGGGAAGUGGGCAAUCUGUGAACCAACUCGCGCCAGGAAAGCCUCCCGAUGGAAAUGCAGAUGUGGAUGGCGCUCCCUCGUCUGACGCUGACCCAACGGUGGGGGAGGGGAGUGCAGAUACGAUACAGGGGGAUGGACCGCACACACCUUCCGUGGGUAAUACCGCCGCCGCCGCCGAUACAAACGUUCUUACCGCUAAAGGCGAGGGGCACGAUGGACCCGCAUUGACACCUGAUUUGAGCGUGAGCCCUGGUGCGGAUGGGGAGACGGCAGGAGGAACGGAUGCGCGGGAGGAGGAAAUCCAUCCGCAGGACAGGGAAGUAAAGUCUGCGGCACUCAGCAGCAGUCUGGGAAAUUUGUCGCAGGGGAAUAACAGCGAUGCCGGCACUGUGCGUGAGAGGAGGGUGCCAUCGCUGCCAUCGCUUCUUCUGUUGGGACUGUGGGGAUUUGCGGCUCUGUGA